UCUUAUCAGUAAGUGUCCACCUGGAAAAACGGGGGUUGAUCGAUUUCCUUAAAUCCACACAGCAAUGGUUCGUGAAGCAUUAGUGAUUUCAUGACCUUACCGCCGUGCAGAGGCUCGUGAGUAAACACAGUUCCCACAAAAUGUGGUCAACUUGGCUGCUUCCAUUGACCCUGCUCAGCAGUGGUAGCAUACCGGAGGAGAAGAUCAAGCAUCAGCCGAAGAGUGGAAAUGUCAGCAGAGAGCUGCAUCGCAACGUGGAAUUCACUAUCGAGGAAGUCCUGCUCUUGAACCGUAAUUUCGUGGACUAUCUGGCGGUGAUUGAUGGCCAGGCUAUUCAGGAUGUACUGGAUCGACAAUGUGCAAACAAAAUGCGACAACUUGCUGUAGCGUAUUUGGAAAGACAAUGGAUAGGAUUGGAGUGGUUCGACUCUUGGGGAAAGUUGCCGUCAGGAAUGUAUCAUGGAAAUGGCUUCGCACUGGGAAACGUUGAUCAGUGCCGGGCGAUCGAGCACACUCGGAUGCAACAUUGUACCUUUGUUGGAGCGUUUCCGAGCAAUAUGGCACCAAUGCUAUCCGGAUUGUGUAUUCCCCACUCUUGUAAUCCAGAUUUUGCGCAACAGCUGUACGGAGAAUAUUUGAGUACCCAAGGUGUCUUUUUGGUUCAGAUGUUCCAACAAGAUUUACUCUGCAUUAGAGAUGAAGUGGUUUAUUUCGAUGGGGCGAUGAUUACAGCGACUGUGGUAAGUGCCACGAUUGCGCUUUUCGUUCUGUGUAGUACCGUCUAUGAACUGAGCAUACUAGCGCUAAAACGUAAAAUCGAUCCUUUGUUCAGCUCAUUUUCUUUGCUAGCAAAUGUGAGAAGCAUUCUGCAUUUGGUACCGCGAGUCAAAAACGCCCAAUCGAGUAUGAUCGAUUGCGCACACGGCAUCCGAUCUUUGUCCAUGAUCUGGAUCAUUGUACUUCACGUUCAUGGUAUGUUAAACAACGUUCCCUGGGAGAAUAAUCCGGCACGCGAAGAGUAUCUUCGGAGUUUCGUAGCGUCUGUAUUGCACUAUAGCGGAAUGCUGGCGGUUGAUACCUUCUUCGUUCUCAGUGGAAUGCUAGUGGCUAUGAGCAUGCUACGAGAACUGGACAAAAAAGGUAAAAUAAACCCUCUGAUGCUGUACUUGCACAGAUACAUCCGAAUUACGGCACCGCUGGCUGCUCUGAUACUGUUCGUAGUCUCAUUCGCGGCCUACAUGGGAGAAGGCGUUUUCUGGAAAACCAAUAUUGAGUUUCUAAAACAAGGAUGUAUAGCCAACUGGUGGUCUGCCCUUCUACACAUCCAGAACUACGUUGACCCACAGAACAUGUGUCUCCCAUGGACUUGGUACCUCUCCGUUGACAUGCAGCUGUACAUCAUUUCCCCGGCCUUGAUCUACCCAUUGUGGCGAUACGGAAAGCGGGUUCUCUUCGCAAUCGGAGGCCUUGCCGUUCUGUCGAUGGCAUGCGUACUAACCACCUUUCUGAUCAACGAGUUCCGGUUGAGUUUAUUCGCACCGGUCAUCGAUGUCCGGAUGUACACGCUGACAUACUACGCCACGCAUGCCAGAAUGGCCGUUUGGUUGUGGGGACUAGCCUUUGGCUAUCUUCUGCACAAAACCAAAGAAACUGGAGUGAAUCUUCCGAAGCGGUACUGGAUCGCUGGAUGGGUAGCAUGCUUUGUACUGCUCGGGUUGAUCAUCUUCUCCAACUACCAGUUUCACUCGACCGAUGUCGACGACUUCUCUUUCGUGAUUGAUGCCUUUUACGAACCACUGUCCCGAUCUGUGUUUGGCUUGUGCGUCAUGUGGAUAAUAUUGGCUUGUGUGAAUGGCAAAGGUGGUCUGCUGGAUGAGUUUUUGGGAGCUUCCAUAUGGCAACCACUGUCGCGGUUAUCGUUUAAUAUGUAUUUGCUGCAUAUUUUGCUACUGGUAAUGGCAUCGGUGGCACCAUCCAAAACAAGCAGCUAUUUCAGCGUGAUCGAUACGUUUUAUCGGAUCUGGGGUGCUAUCGGUUUGACAACUAGCGUAACACUGCUAUGGAGUGCUAUCUUCGAAGUGCCAUUCGGAACACUUGAUAAAUUGCUUCUGAGGAGCUGAGUAGUGAGCAUUGCAAU